AUGGCUCUAUUCGUUGUAGUUGGUAUCAUUAUUUUAAUAAUUUUCCGAUUGAAAAAGAAAAAGAAAUGCUGCUUUAAACCAAAAGAAGUCAAAUCUAAUGAUGAAUCGAUAAAAGAUGCCCAAAAUCCACCAAAUGUUCCACCACCAAAUACAUAUAAUAAUCCAAAUUAUCAGCAAGGUUAUCCUCAAGAUCCAAAUGCUACUUAUUAUAAUCAGCAGCAAUAUCAAAAUCAACCGCAACCAUACCAAUAUGGAAAUUCUCCUUAUCCAGAUCCAUAUGCGCAAUCUCAAUAUGCAUAUCCACCGCAACAAGGAUAUCCUCAAUGUCAACAAUAUCCUCAGCAAGCUGGCUAUGAGUUGCCCCAUCAAAAUGAUGGUGCCAUACAACCAUAA